AGGGCCGGUUCCUCAGUUGCGGUCCCGGGGCGCCGCCGGGUCCUGAAACGGGAAGGAAGCGGCGGCCGCGGCGGUCUCGCCGCAUUUCCGCUCGCGGUUUCGGGCGCGGGGGGAGCGCGGACAGAAUAAUUCACAAAUGCCUGGAAAUUCCUCGUUGGAUUCCCGUGUUUUAAACAGAGUUUUGUGAGCACCUUUCAUCUUUACUUGGAAAAGAAAGAUGUGGAAAGCCUCGGCCGGCCACACCGUGUCCAUCACCCAGGACGACGCGGGAGCCGACGACUGGGAAACCGACCCUGAUUUCGUGAAUGACGUAAGUGAAAAAGAGCAGCGAUGGGGGGCCAAAACCGUCCAGGGGUCUGGUCACCAGGAGCACAUCAACAUACACAAGCUGAGGGAGAAUGUGUUUCAAGAACACCAGACCCUCAAGGAGAAGGAGCUCGAAACGGGACCCAGAGCCUCGCACGGCUACGGAGGGAAGUUUGGUGUGGAGCAGGACAGAAUGGACAGAGGUGAUGGUUGCCAGCGGUCUUCCCGGAACUGGGUCUCAGGAGUCAUGUUGCAGGCUGCUGGCUCUGCGGUUUCCGGAUGGGGCCUGGCCUCCUGGCUCUUCAUGCCCAGUCAUUCAGCUGUCGGCCACGAGUAUCAGUCGAAGCUUUCCAAGCACUGCUCGCAGGUCGACUCCGUCCGGGGGUUUGGAGGCAAGUUUGGCGUCCAGGUGGACAGAGUUGACCAGUCUGCUGUGGGCUUUGAGUACCAGGGGAAAACUGAGAAACACGCCUCGCAGAAAGACUACUCGAGCGGUUUCGGUGGCAAGUACGGCGUGCAGUCUGACCGCGUGGACAAGAGCGCCGUGGGCUUCGACUAUCAGAGCAAGACGGAGAAGCACGAGUCGCAGAGAGAUUACUCCAAAGGUUUUGGUGGCAAGUAUGGUAUCGACAAGGACAAGGUGGAUAAGAGCGCGGUCGGCUUUGAGUAUCAAGGCAAAACCGAGAAGCACGAGUCCCAGAAAGACUACGUGAAAGGCUUUGGAGGGAAGUUCGGUGUGCAGACAGACAGACAGGACAAGUGUGCCCUUGGCUGGGAUCACCAGGAGAAGCUGCAUCUGCACGAAUCCCAAAAAGAUUAUAAGACUGGUUUCGGAGGCAGAUUUGGUGUUCAGUCCGAGAGGCAGGACCCCUGUGCUGUGGGCUUUGAUUACAAGGAGAGACUGGCCAAGCACGAGUCCCAGCAAGACUACUCCAGAGGCUUCGGUGGGAAGUACGGGGUGCAGAAGGACCGGAUGGAUAAGAACGCUUCCACCUUUGAGGACGUUGCCACGGUGGCCCCCACUUACCAGAAGACUGUCCCUGUCGAAGCAGUGAGCAGCAAAACCAGUGACAUCAGAGCGAAUUUUGAAAACCUGGCGAGGGAAAAGGAGCACGAGGACAGGCGGCAGGCGGAGGCGGAGCGGGCGCAGAGGAUGGCGAGGCAGCAGCGGGAACAGCAGGCGGCGCGCAGGCAGCUGGACGAGCAAGCCCGGGCCCAGAAGCCCACGCCCCCCGCGUCGCCCACCCCCCAGCCGGCCCAGGAGAGGCUGCCUUCAAGCCCUGUCUGCGAGGCCGCGGCUCCGUUCCAGGCCGAGCCGAGCCACACCGGUGAGCCUGAGCCGGUGUACAGCACGGAGGCCACCGAGUACCGGGAGGCCUAUGACCCGGAGGCCGUCUACGAAAGCACGGAGGCCCCGGGCCACUACCAAGCAGAGGAGGGUACCUACGGUGAAUAUGAGAACGAUCUUGGAAUCACAGCCAUCGCCCUCUACGACUACCAGGCUGCGGGCGAUGAUGAGAUCUCCUUCGACCCCGACGACAUCAUCACCAACAUCGAGAUGAUUGACGAUGGCUGGUGGCGCGGGCUGUGCAAGGGCAGGUAUGGGCUCUUCCCCGCCAACUACGUGGAGCUGCGGCAGUAGGUAGCUGGCCACGCCCUCGCCGUCUGUGGCCACGCCCGCCUUCCGGUGUUUUCUUCAGGGUGCCGAGGGGAGUGUGCACUGCUUUUAUAUUUAAUACUUUGCUGAUGCUUUUGAAAAUGUUUACGCCACAGAACUUGCUAAUAUAUUGUAAUCAUGCUCCUUGGAGGACUCGGUGAUUGUUUUUAUGCAUUUAAGUUGUUUUUUUUUUUUUUUUUUUUUUUUUUUUUUUUUUUUUUUUUGCCAAAUCAACUGUUGCCUGGAGCCACUUCGGGGACCUUUGGUCCUGAGUGCGUGUUGUCCCUGCCCGCCUCUCGCCCUCCACUCCAACGAGGUGGGGGCAGGAGUCCCUGCCCAGGGUUUUGGAGGAAGAGGGAGGGCCUGAUAGGAAGUUAGAAUUGUGGGGCAGUCGCUAGAAAGUACGGGAGCUGUCGGCUCGGUCGGAAAAGCCCCUUGCGCUGUGAAAUCCCACAGUCUUUGCUGGGUUUCAGCAAAGACCCCCCCUUUCUCCGCGGCUCCCUCCUCUUGUCCUCGUUCUCUCGCCUCCCCCCGACGCCCGGCCUCCAGGAGGGCUGCUGGGCCCCUGCUCCCGCCCCCGCUUCAGUGUCACCAGUCCCUUAAAGACUGUCCUCCCGCUGUCCCCAGCCCCGGGCAGCUGGCCUGUGUCCGCCCUGUGGGGAGACAGCCGCUGCUGGGGGAAGGCAGGUCCCUUCCCCAUGGUGAACCGCAGAAAUGCUUCCCAUCAAGGAGGCCGUGCUCUUUUUGCCAAAAUAUCAUGUUAAGUGACAGCAAAAUCUGAUGGAUUGACUUGGCUGAGAACAAGAGGGAGUGCUGUGGCCCGAGACGCUGCCGUGGCUGCUGCGGGGAGCCCUUCCCCCGGGAGGGACCGCGAGGCCCACCCGGCUCCCGCACGUGGCCGCGGCAGUGUCCUCCCGGGGGACCACGUGGAAAUGUCUCUGGUGUUGGGAUGCCAGUGACCAAGAGGUACACGUUUUCUUUCCUGAAGUGCAUUUGCUUUACCACGAUUAGGUCGGGUUUUAUAUGCAAUUCUUGUAUCUGAAUUUCUGUAGCACACCUCAUAGGUAUGAUUUUUUUAAAUUAAACAUUCAAAAUAAACUUUUUUUGAUCCACUU